AUGGCCAACAACCGCGUUCCGAUCAACUACCAGACACCACCUUUUCCGGCGCUAUAUGAUCCUGUGCCGACCCAUCAUCCUCCGCAGGUCUAUUAUCUGUACUAUACACGAGACAUUUGGCGAUUCACCCUCUACUGGACUUUUAUAUUUUAUGCAGCUAGUCAUCUUGCCGUUGCUGCAUGUGCUGUGGUCACGCAACUUCGGAAUUGGAGAGUUUGUCUGGCUGUCCCGCUGGUGUUCUCUGCCAUUGCCGCACUGGAAGCUCUUCUAGCUGGGAGUAUUAUUGGUCUCAUGCUCGGUGCUGUCUACGAAGCUGGUAACUUCAGGAUGUCCACAUGGAUUCCCAUGAUAUGGGGCGGUAUCAACGUCCUGGUCCUCAUAUUGUCCAGUUUUCCCAUGCAAGGCGGUCUAUGA